AUGUCUCAGGCAAGCAGCGUGGUGCUAGAGUCUGUGGCUGCGGAGGCGGCUUAUGCAAGCCUGAGUAAGGACGCAAGCCCCAAAGAUCUCCAUGACAUGGGUCACGGCUCAGUUGAGUUGCUCCGGGAAGUCUUGACGCAAGUCGAGAUUGGUGAGAAGCAUCCGGAGUUGAAGCAGACAGCAGAGGCCAUGGGGCUGCUGCUGCUCCUUCUAAAGGGCUUGUUGCUCGGAUGGGAUUGCGAAGACUUUCCAAAGGCAACUUUAGAAUUGCCAUUGCAACGGCUGCCAAAAACAUGGCCCAACCACGCGUGGAAAUUGAAGCACCCAUGUCCGCAAGUAUUGGCAGAUGAGGUGAAAGCAAGUCUUCGGUUCCUGGAAAACCAGCCGACUCUGUCAGGACGCAACGAAUGCUAUGCUGUGGAAAAGGCCCUUCAGCACAACAUGCUGCCCACGUUCCAGCCAGCGGCGAAGCGCCGGCGCCUGGAGAGCGCCAUGGCGCGCUACAGUGAGAACAGCAUUGCCCAGAUAGAAACCAUAGCAGCAGGCACAGACAUCAAAGCCCAAAAAAGCGGAUGGCAGAAGCGCGCCUUUGCUAUCGCGCUGGCACCCGCGAGGCAUUGCUUCCAGGCGCUCGAGGCGCCAAACAAUGCCGGUUUGGAGCAACCUGUGCGAUUUGCAGUGGCACGGAUAGAUUCGCUUCUCAAGUACAUUGCCGGCAAGUGCUCAGACUUUGUGGCAGACUUGGAGCAGGCGCCUUCGCCUAUCCAAGUCGUCCUCAGCUGGGAUGAAACCACCGCAGGCAAUGUGCUGGCGACGCAGGCCCGCAUGAAAGCAACGAUCUUCUAUAUCACCUUCAAACACUGGCAGAAAAUACAUGAGUCCCCCGAUGCGUGGAUCCCAGUCGCAGCGAUCAGCCACGAGCAGGCUGAGCAAGUCGCUGGCGGAAUGAGCAAGGUGCACCAGUUGUUUGUGGAAAACUUUGUGGAACAACGAUUAGAUCAAGGUGUAUGGAUUACACCCAGCACCAAAAUAUUUCUGGAACUUGCUCUCUUUGUGGCAGACCAAGAUGCGCAAAGGGCCGCGCUGGCAGCAAAAGGUUCUGCUGGUUUGAAAUGUUGCGCCUUUUGCCAAAAUUGCUUGGCAAAAAAUGCCGCGGGCGCGGCUGUGGACGCCCAACGUUUUCGCACCACAGCCUGUGCAGAUAUAGAGUGGUUCACUCCCAACACGCAAAUGCAACUGCAGGGAUACAUCAGGAAGGCCUUAGGCCGCUGCUCGGACAUGACAUGUAAGGACAAAGACCUGGUAGAGAAAUGCCUGGGUUUUCGGAUCACGAGCGACAGUAUGUGGGUCUCAGAUGUUUGCUGCUCUGCGUUGCCGUUGCAACGCUACAUGAAUGACGCAAUGCAUUGCUACUAUGCCAAUGGUGUGGCAGCUCUAGAAAUUAAUUUAUUACUGCAAGCAGUGCAACGCUGCACUGGGGUUUCCAUCUUAGACUUGAAGCAGGCAGUGCUCCAAGCAGGCUGGAAACGAAAUGGUCAAUCGUUGCGUCAAGGACAGAACAAAUGGUGGUGUGGCCGUCUUUUUGUUCCUGCUUUUUUUGUGGGUUCCACUUACAAGGGAACGGCGAAGCAAACUAUGGCUUUGCUGCCUCUGCUCCUAUGGUUGGCAGAAAGUGUCUGGAGCAAAAUUGCUGCUCUGCGGCCAAUGGUCGACUCUUUCCUGAAGCUUGGCAAAUGCGUCCAGUGUCUCCGCAGCAUUGCGGAAAGCGGCAAUUGGAAGGAGCUGCAAAAGCUGCAAGAAGUGCAUCAGCAAGCGUUCGCGCUUUGCUGGCCCGAAGAAGUUAGACCGAAGCACCACCACCGCCUGCAUUUGCCCGCGCAAUACGCGGCGGAAAAGUUUGUCGGCUCAUGUUGGGGAACGGAAGCGAAGCAUCGCUUCUACAAAUCCUGCUACGCAAAAAACUUGCAGCAGUUCCUCACAGUCAAAGAUGGCGGCUUGGAAUUUACCGCCAGAUUAAUGCCACGGUUGCUUCUCAGACACACAGAACUCAUUCGGGGUAAAGUCUUCGCACCAACGCGCUUUGUCCUUGAGAACUUGUUCGACCCGGCCGAAGUCAAUAAAUUCGCAGCCGGAUUGGAAGCCUGUCGCGUUGCAGCUCGCUGCCGCACGGGUUUGCUGCAGCUGCAAGAAGGCGAUCUCUUGCUGCAUGGCAGAGACGCCGCGGAAGCCGGGUAUUGUCACUUCUUCAUCGACCACAAAGGUGAGUUGUAUGUUUAUACAACUCUCUGCUCGCUCGUGCUGCACACUGUGGCACUGAGAAAAUUCGAGCGCACCACAACGAAGCAGAUGCUGAAGUGGAGCAAUUUGCUCACGCCUGCCGUGUGCAGCUGGUGGCGCCCAAGCCAUCCAAAUUACGUUUUCUGCAUGCCGUGA